AGAAAAAAAGGAUGAAUGAGGUGAGCACAAAUGUCAUGCAGUUGAAUGAGGUCUGUUUGUCUGCAUUUGGUUUCUGAAUUUAGCAAAUCCCAUCCUUCAAUUCCUCAUAAUUGUCAUCUCCCAACUUCCCAACUUCACUCGCGCUGCCCUGAAUCAGAGGAGGAGGUGGAGGAGAAGGAGGGGAGAUUCAUCGAACACUUGGUCUGCUUCUUCUGCUUGGAUUGGCCGCGGCGGUGACGAUGGAGAUUUCCGAGGUUUCUACUGAGCGAUUCAGCUUUUUAGCCAUGGGAUUGGGGGGAUCCAACUCCCCCAAUAAUCCUCCUCCACCUCCACCUCCCCCUCCCGUUGAUCAUCACUUCACCACUCUCCAUCUCGCCACCGCCUUCAAUGCUCAGCUCAGGAAGAGGAUGCGUAGCCAACGCCGCCGCCGAUCUUCCCUCAACUUCUCUCCGCUGCGUUUCCACCACUCCUUCCACCUUCCUCACGUCUCUCCUCCACCCCCACCCCCACCAACUGCACCGGAUUCCUCAAGAUUUAGAUUUCUCUUUGACAAGGAGCUUAAGAACAGCGAUGUUGGUCCUCUUAGGAGAAUCGUCAUACCAAAGAAACCAGCAGAAGACUAUCUUCCUAAACUUCUUGUAAAGGAAGGGUUUCCAAUCAGUAUGGAGGACAUGGAUGGUCGGCAUGUUUGGCAUUUCAAGUUCAGAUACUGGCCUAACAACAGCAGCCGCAUGUAUGUGCUAGAAAAUACCGGUGGAUUUGUCAAUGAACAUAGUCUGGGGCUUGGAGACUAUGUUGCGUUCUACAUUGAUGAGCAAAAACAGAACUACGUGAUUGAAGCGAGAAAAGCCGGGGAUCAAGGAGGGUGCAAAGCUGCAGAGGCUUUAACAGAUUAUGGACAGAAUGAUGAUGUUGAAGCUGGUGUAAUCCAAAACCAAGCCGAUGCAUCGUGCUACUAUCCUCAGAGCUUCCCGAGAGUGGAUGACAUGGAAACGACGUCGUUUGUGUAUGAUACCACCUUCUCGAAUGAAUUAUCUCCCUUCGAUUUUGUGGGAGGCUCAAUCACCAACUACUCGACUAUUGAUCCAUGGUCGAGCUUCGGAUCGAUUGAGAGUUUGUCUAUUGAUGAUUUCUAUUCGGCCGCGAAGUAGCAUCAGAAAGUAUAAGACAUUUUGCAACCUCAAAUACUAGCUAUGCUUUGCAAUGAAGAAAUAUGUGCUAUUUUGAGAAAAUGGGUCUCUUGUAACAAUUUUUUUUUUUUUUUGGUGGGAGAUCAGAGCAGGUUUGAAUUUGGGUUUGCCCUUGUUUGAUACUACCUGGCCUGCAAGUAUAUAUAUGUAAUAAGAAAGCACUUCUGGGAGCAUGUAUGUUGUUAAAGCUUGAUAUUUUAAUUUUUAAAA